AUGUGGUCAUUUAGUAACCGAUCAAGAGCUGCAAACAAAAUAGGUGUUGAUUUAAAUACAUGGUUAUCAGAUUAUCAAGAAGGAUUCCAAAUACAGUUCAACUCAAAUCGAAUGUUAAGGUUUCAGCAAAAAGGACAUCUUUUGCGUUUAGAUGUUUUAAGUCUUUUGCUUAUAAAGUUUAUUACACCUAUUUGUAAUCUACAACGUCUAUUAUGGAAUUAUGUUGAGACAUUUUUGAAAAAUGAAAAGUCAUCAAUUGAUGCAGUGCUUCAGGGGGAAGAGUUAGAAGAAGGGCAAUGGAAAUGUUUACUUGAGCAGCAUAUUAAUACCAUUGCUUUUGAAGAAAAUUGUCCAAGAACUAAUCAAGAAGCCAGUCAUUUAUUACGGAAGAAACCCUCAGUCGAAUACAAUGGUGAAUCUUUAUAUGUUAUUAUAGAGACUGAUAACUUAAAUCCAGAAAUUUGUCUUGAUAAUGAUGAGAUGAGAUCAUAUUCGGUUGGACUUAAACCCAUCUUUAGUUGCCAUUGCUUCCAUUUCCUAGUGAGAGGAGGAUCUUGUGCACAUAUUAUGGCAGCAGUCCGCUACGUAAAUUGGUUACGUGAACAACCAGAGAAUCGUAGGUUUGAUAUCAACCUACGACAUUGGACUAUUCCAACCAUUAAACUACCAUCACAAAAGGAUGCUCUUUCGACAUUACAACAUCAGACACAAAAGAAAAUGUUUCCAAUUCAAAUUUCUACUGAUAUGUAUGAUAGUGAAUCAGAAAACGAAUCUGAGGACAUUGAUUCUAUUGAAUCUUAUAUAACAUCAUAUCCUGACUUUAAUAUAUCAUCAUCAGGACAACUCCCAGAAAAUAGUGAAUCCAUAUCUUCUACUCAAACAUGGAAUAAUAUGUUAUCAUAUGUUACGAAUAAAUUGCUGACGAAUUUUGAAGAGUUUUCAACCUUUGGUAGUAAAUUAAGUCAAAGUCAAACAACCGCUCCCACGAGUGUGAAAGCUAAUUUGAAAGCGUUAAACUCGGAGUUGGUCACAAAAUUGAAUACAGUUUCAGAAAGUGAACAGACUAAAGAUCUUAUUAAUACUUUAAAACAGAUACAACACGCUAUCAUGACGGACUCCUCAGGAGACAGUAUGAAUAAUAGCGAAGCAACAAAUAACAAUUCAAUGGUAUAA